AUGCAAUUUAUCGAGUUAAUACAAAAAGAUCCAAAUGUCAAACAAAACAACCGGAAAGGAGUUAUAAAUAAACAGAGAAAAGGCGGUCGACUACCCGCCCAACGGAUGCCACCAACUCAUGAAACACAGGAUCCUAACUAUGAACCCGAUUCACAAAUUGGUAAUAGAUUUGGACCUAAUUAUAGACCAGAUAUGAGACCUGAUAUGAGACCUGAUAUGAGACCUGAUAUGAGACCUGAUAUGAGACCUGAUAUGAGACCUGACAUAAGACCUGAUAUAAGACCAGAUUUAAGACCAAUACACGGCAAUAAUGUGAAUGUAAAUAAAAACACCAAUAAUAAUCACAUAAAUCUGAACAUCCAUGUGGUCAGUGGGGGCCGGGAUUAU